AAGGACUUGUCUUCAGUUUUAAAUAAUCGCCAUGGCGACGGUUUGGCGUGUGAGCAGCUGCGUCUGUAAAUGGACACUGUUGGCGUGGAUGAUCAGCUGUAAUGGUCUGAGCGUCCGUCACGCCGGCUUCACUCCUCAUUUGUGUGGUUUCAGAUCGCCGCAGCCCCGCCUCAUCUACCGCCGGGCGGGUGUCGGAGUCGGAGCCAUGCUGCCCGCCGCCGUUCAGAUCCUGGCGUUCGUGCUGGCGCUGCUGGGCGUCCUGGGCGCCACCGUGGCCACGCUGCUGCCCAACUGGAAGGUGAGCGCCACGGCGUGGACCAGCCUGAUGACGCCGGUGUCGCAGAUGCAGGGCCUGUGGAUGGACUGCGUCUGGUACAGCUCCGGCGUCUUCAGCUGCACCGUCAAGAGCUCCAUGCUGUCGCUGCCGCCGCACCUGCAGGCCACGCGCGCCGCCAUGGUCCUGUCCUGCGUGGUGGCGUCGCUGGGGCUCUGCCUGGCGUCCCUGGGGCUCAAGUGCACACGUUGGGGGGGCGGGCGCCGGGCUAAGGGGCGCACGGCCGUGGCGGCGGGGGGCUGCUUCGUCCUGGCCAGCUUCAUGGUCCUGGUCCCGGCGUCCUGGUUCACCAACGAGGUCAUCAGCGCCUUUCUGACCACGGACCUGCCCGACAGCAGCAAGUACCAGCCGGGGGGGGCGCUGUGCGUCACCUUCAUCUCCGCCGGCUUCCUCCUGGCCGGGGGCGUCAUCUUCUGUCUGUCGUGUCCUGGGACCGGGUCGAGCCGUUCGGACUGGGCUUCCCCCGCCGAACCGGACAGGCCGGAACGGCAGAGGAGGCGGGGCCUGAGGGCGGAGCAUCAGAGGAGGCCGAACAAAGCGCCGCGGCGUCAGGAGAACGAGGGACCGCCGGAGAAACGGGACCCGAAACUGUACGCGUCCCCCUCCAAACCUCCUCUGAAGGACAUCAGAGACAGCUACAGCCUCCAGGAGUACGUCUAACCCCCCCAGCAGAGCAUCG